AUGCCAGCCCUCCCGGACAUCGGCUUCGGCGCGCCCACCCUGCGCCCGUCCGCAAGUGUGCCGCUUAUCCCCACACCAGCUGGUGGCCGCCGGCGCGUCCGCAACCACCAGGCUUGCCAGACCGACGAGUCUGCUCUGCCCCAGCUGCGAGAGCUCCAGUCUCAGCUGGACGAGUCACGAGAAAUGCUGAGCAGGCUGAUGCACGCGCUGCGGAGCACAGAGGCGCGAAUUCACCGCGACGUGCAGCACGAGUACGAGCUGCGGCUGCGUAACCAGUCACGACGCGCCGGUGAGAAGGCGUCCUUUUUGCAGAAGCGAGCGGAGCACAGGGUGGCUGCCCUCAAUACCUGGCAGAGUGAUCACGCGGCUGCGCUGGAGUCGGCGUUGCGUGAGCGAGAUGAGCAGGCGCGACGCGCGAACAACGCCAUCGCGGAGCUGCAGGAGGGGCAGCGGGCACAAAUGUUGCUGCGAGAGGAGAACGCGCGGCUGGCGAAUGCAGCCAAGGCGAGCCGCGGCGUGACAGCUAAGCUCGAGGCUGCACUCAAAGCGCAGGAGCAGACCAUUGCCAGCCUCAGGACGCAGAUUCGGGCAGAAGUGUGA